AUGGAAGCGGAAGCUGAUUUCACCACCUUGCGCGCCAAUCUGCUGCAGCGCCUGAAAGGUGGCGAAAGUUGUCGAUUAGUGUUAGGUCCAUGCCCACCUGAACUUCUGGCUGAGAAGGAGCUUAUGCUCAAGGCGGUGGAGCUGAAUGCAUAUGCAGCAGAGUACCUGCCCGAAGAGCUAGUACAAGAUCCACACAUCUGGCUCAAAGCUGCGCAGCAGAAUUUCUACACAUUGCGGCACUGUCCGCAGCAUUUGCUGAGUGACAAGGCCUUUGCCAAGCAGCUGCUCUUCAUAAACGCGUCAGCGCUUCGCUUCCUCCCGUCCGACUUGCAAGCAGAUCGCGAGGUGGUUACCUGCGCAAUUCAGAGAUGUGGAUUGGCUCUGGAAUUUGCCUCACCGGAGCUUCGUGCCGAUGGCGAUGUGGUUCGGCAGGCGGUGCAGAAGGACGGUUUGGCUCUUGAAUUUGCGGACGGCGAGCUGCUCAAGCAGGAAGCACUUGCGCUCGAGGCCAUAAAGUCGAACACUGCCGCAAUUCGUCUGCUUCCAGAAUCCUUGUCAAGAAGUAUGAGCUUCUUGUUGCAGGCGGCAGCAGCGGGUGGUGGCAGCAUUUUGCGCUUUGUCGCGCCAGAGUUUGCCGCUGACAAGGUCUUCGUUGAGCACGUCAUCAAGUUUGAUUGUACAAGCCUGGCGCAUGCACCACCUGAGCUUCAGGAGGACCCAGAGCUGGUCCUGGCAGCAAUCACUGCUGGUGGCGCCCAGGGCAGCGCGGCGCUGGAGCUUGCGCCCGAAUCCCUGCGGGACAAUCGCAAAUUCCUGCUGCGCGCAGCGAAAAUAACUCCACAGGCACUUCGCCUUGCGCCUGAAAGACUUCGAACAGACAGGAGCUUUGUCCUCGAGGCGGUGCAGCGGCGCGGAGCAGCGCUGCAGUUUGCGCCUUUCGAGUUCCGAGCAGACCCUGAAGUGGUUCUGGAAGCUGUGAAACAGGACCUGGGUGCAUUGGCGUUUGCGGAUGCUCCUUUGCGACAAGACGACAAGUUCAGAGAGGGGAUCAGGUACUUGCAGAAGGCAAUUGAGGUAACGUGA